UAAAACGGUUCCGUUAAAAUGGUUCCGCUGCGAGCGAAGGACGGAGAGUGUUCUUCGGCGACCGCCUGUCCACAAUUCCCUCCCUCUUUCUCUCUAUGUCUCUCUCGCCUCCUUCUCCGGUUGGAGGAUGGCGGAGAUCCGGCGUGCCUUUUCGUGAACCUUUCCGUGGAUCUCCGGCCGUUUCCCUCUCGAGAAUUCAUCGUUGAAAAUCUGUGGUUUGAUCGAGGGAGGAAGAAGGGUCGAGUCAUAUAUAUACAUAUACACGCCUGUUAUUCGUCCUUUUACAAGUUUUCUCUAACUCUGGAACAUGGGAAUGGUCUCGAGGGCCGUAUUACCUGUGUGCGAGAGUCUCUGUUUCUUCUGUCCAUCAUUGCGCACUAGGUCAAGGCAGCCGGUCAAACGGUACAAGAAGCUUCUUGCUGAUAUUUUCCCUAAAUCGCAGGAUGAAGAUCCAAAUGAUCGGAAGAUUGGUAAACUAUGUGAAUAUGCUGUCAAAAAUCCUUUACGUGUGCCAAAGAUAACAGACUAUCUUGAAGAAAAAUGUUACAAGGAAUUGCGCAACGAGCAUUUUGGAUAUGCAAGAGUUGUUGUAUCUAUUUACAGGAAGCUAUUAGUUUCAUGCAAAGGACAGAUGCCACUUUUUGCAGGUAGCUUGUUGAGUAUUAUACGCACUCUUUUGGACCAAACCCGGCAAGAUGAGAUGCAGAUAUUAGGUUGCCAGACACUUGCAGAUUUUAUUUUCAAUCAGGUUGACAGCACUUACAUGUUCAACAUAGAAAGUCUUGUACCAAAACUUUGUCAGCUAGCCCAGGAAAUGGGAGGUGAUGAAAGGUCAGAACUUCUGCGUUCAGCAGGAUUACAAGCCCUUGCAUCAAUGGUUUCUUUCAUGGGAGAGCACUCUCACAUUUGUUCAGAUUUUGACGAUGUUGUUUCAGUGGCCUUGGAAAAUUAUGGAAGUACAAAAACAAAGAGUGAGAAUCCUAGUGAAGGGAAUCAAUACCCUAAUGAUCGGUGGGUGCAAGAAGUGCUUAAAGUUGAAGGACACUUUUUUCCACUGCCAAAUGCUGUGGUGAGGCUUCCUUCUUGGAACAGGAUCGUUAAUGAUAAAGGCGAAGUGAAUCUUACUGUUGACGAGGCCAAGGAUCCAAAAAUUUGGUCCAGAGUUUGCAUGCAUAACAUGGCUAGGCUAGCUAAGGAGGAGAUCACUACCAGGCGUGUCCUCGAGUCUCUUUUUCGUUACUUUGACAAUGGAAAUCUGUGGUCACCUCAGGAUGGUCUUGCACUUCCAGUUUUGUUAGAUAUGCUUUUCUUAAUGGAGAAAGCAGGACGAAAUGGGCAUCUGCUGUUGUCUAUCUUAAUCAAGCAUAUUGAUCACAAGAGUGUUGUGAAGCAACCCAGCAUGCAGGUUGAUAUUAUACAAGUUACAGUAUGCCUUGCACAGCAUGCGAAGGUUAAAAGAUCUGUAUCUAUGAUUGGUGCUGUGAGUGAUUUAAUGAGACAUUGGCGGAAAACCAUGAAUUUAUCUGAAGAUGAAAAUAUUGGUGAUGACAUAAUAAAGUGGAACAAGGAGUUUCGUUUAGCUAUAGAAGAGUGCCUUAUACAGCUGUCUCACAAGGUGGGUGAUGCUGGGCCUUUGUUGGACAUGUUGGCUGUGAUGCUGGAGAAUAUCUCAACUACCGCUGCUAUUGCUAGAAGAACAAUUUCUGCUGUUCACCGCAUGUCCCAGAUAGUAGCAUCCAUACCAACUUUAUCACUUCAUAAUAAGGAUUUUCCAGAAGCUUUAUUUCAUCAGUUGCUCUUAGCAAUGGUUCAUCCAGACCACGAGACACGAGUUGGUGCCCAUCAUAUUUUUUCUGUUGUUCUUGUUCCAUCUUCUGUUAAUCCUCCACAGGCUUCAGGCUUACCAGAUCUUCAUAGGGCACUCUCUAGAACUGUUUCAGUGUUUUCUUCUUCAGCUGCUAUUUUUGAGAAGCUAAGGAAAGAAAAGUCUUCUUUAAGGGAAAGUGUUCGUUCAGAGGGUUAUGUUACAGAGGCAUCACGAAGAAGUGAUCAUGAUGCUAAAUUUUAUUCAUUGCAAUCAUCACGUCGGGUUGCUAGUGUGAAAAUUGCCCCAUUGACAUCUGCGGUAGACAAAAAAAGUGUGGGUGACUAUAAGGAGCUGGAAUUUAUUUCUCUUCGUUUAAGCAGUCACCAAAUCACACUCCUAUUUUCAUCCAUUUGGGCUCAAGCUACUUCUCCCGAAAACACUCCAGAAAAUUUUGAAGCCAUUGCUCAUACUUACAGCUUGGCUUUGUUGUUUUCUCGAGCAAAGACAUCAAAUCAUGAAGCCCUCAUUCGCAGCUUCCAGCUUGCUUUUUCAUUGAGAAGCAUUUCCCUUGAAGAAGGUUCAUUGCAACCAUGUCGGCGGCGGUCUUUGUUUACAUUAGCCACGGCAAUGAUUGUGUUUCUAGCAAGGGCAUAUGGUAUUGUAUCACUCAUACCUACUAUCAAGGCUUGCCUUACUGACACAACGGUUGACCCAUUUCUUCAUUUAGUGGAUGAUCGCAAAUUAAAAGCUGUAAAUAACUCUAACAAAUACAGUGGUCCAAGCUAUGGAUCAAAGGAAGAUGACACUUCUGCGCUGAGAUCCCUUUCAACAAUUCAAAUAUCAGAUGUUUUGACGAAAGAAUCCAUGGCUUCUCUAAUUGUGAAUUCCUUGGGAAAUAUAUCCAGUUCCGAAUCUUCUUCUAUAAUGCAGGAGAUGCUUGAAGAGUUUUCACAUGAUGAUGUUUGUCCUUUGGGAGCUCAGUUGUUUCUGGACAAUCCAAGGCAUUACUCUCCAUUUGAAACAAAUGAAUACCAUUCCCUUGAUGAGAUUGUACCCUCAGCCUUUACCAUGGUUGAUGACACUUAUGAAGUGUGUGGAAGACGACUGUCCAAUGUGGACUCCACUUUGCAGGAACCAUCUCUUUUGGGAGCCAACCAACUACUUGAAUCGGUUCUGGAAACUGCACAACAAGUUGGAAGGCUUUCAGUGUCAUGUGUGCCUGAUAUGCCCUUCAACGAGAUGGCUAAUAACUGUGAGGUGGGAAAGCAGCAAAUGAUGACAACCUUCAUGAACAUUGAGCAAAAACUCGAAUUUUCUCUUUUUGGUUCAGUGCAAGGUUUUGAAUCUCAAGCCAGUUAUUGGCACUUGGAUCAGGCUUUCCACAAGGCAAAUAUUCCCAUCGCUCAGGAAAAUUUCACGUUAAUUCCAAAUAAACCAGAUGGAGGAGUUGCCUCACUUCUGUUCUCAACUGGAUACCAGAAUCCAUCUCCUUUCUUUACACUUCCUGCAUCAAGUCCUUAUGAUAAUUUUCUUAAAGCAGCCGGUUGUUGAUCCACGAUGGUUCUGAAGGUGUUCCAGAACUUCUAGUUGGAAUAGUGUUGUAGUUGUUAAGGCACUGAGGUACUGCCCUCCAGCAUCACCUUCCUCUCAACCGUAGGGAGCUCUGGACAACCUGCUUUGGCUGUGUGAGUACUGCAGCCAACGGAGUAGUGAUUCCUUGUUGAAGGUUUGAGAUGAGGCCUGAUUUUUGUGGACCUCAUUUUCUUCGUUCUUUGUUUUAUUGAUUAUUUUCCUUUCUUGGCAAUCACAAAGUUGAGGAGAAAUGGAGCAGAACGAGGUCCUCUUUUGCUGAAACAAUGAGCACACACACAUGUAAAUUUGGACUGGUUGGCGAUGGGAUGUACUAGUGCAUUUAUUAUUCCUUUCCACAACUGUAAUGAGGGUUGGUAUUAUACGUAUUGGUAUGUUUCGAAUCUUGUUUAUGUACAAAUUGAUACACAUAAUGAGAAUGUUAUACGAUAAUGAAUAGAGAAACCACUAGUCUUGUCCUACAAAGGGAUAAUUUUGAUGUGCUAUUGAAGAAU